GCUAUGGCAACCCGGUCGCCGGCGCGUGUCGGCGCCGGAAACAGAAGAGGUCACAUGACGCGAGGGAAGUCAGAGUAGAAUAUCAUGUGAUGUCACCCGGCUGCUUUGUUUAUUGAGGAGGGGAGGCCGUCUGGGGCCUUCCCAGCUCCCACCAUGCCAACCCCAUGGCUCCCCUAUGCCGAUACGACCCCUGUACUCAGCCAACCCGAUGACACAGAGGACGAUGAGGGACUUCAGUCUAAGAAUGAGAGGGAAGACGAAGAAGACGUGCAGACCAUUACCGGCAUCUCCACUUCACAUGCCGUCCGCAUCGUUGGGGUUCUCUUCUUUAUCAACCUGCUGAACUACAUGGACCGCUUCACGGUGGCUGGUGUUCUUCCAGACAUUGAGCAUUUUUUUAAAAUUGGUGACAGCAAAUCAGGACUCAUACAGACAGUUUUUAUUUGUAGCUACAUGGUACUAGCACCAAUUUUCGGCUAUCUGGGGGAUCGCUAUAAUCGCAAGUACCUUAUGUUUAUCGGGAUCAGCUUCUGGUCAGGUGUGACUCUAGGGAGCAGCUUCAUCCCCCAGCAGUACUAUUGGUUGCUGCUACUGACAAGAGGCCUGGUGGGUGUUGGGGAGGCCAGCUAUUCCACCAUCGCCCCCACCAUUAUUGCUGACCUCUUCGUGGGCGAACGGCGAUCCCGCAUGCUCAGCGUCUUCUAUUUUGCCAUACCUGUGGGCAGUGGUCUGGGCUACAUUGUGGCAUCACAGGUGAAAACACUGGCUGGAGACUGGCAUUGGGCUCUACGGGUGACUCCUGGCUUAGGGGUCUUGGCUGUGCUGCUGUUGCUAUUUGUGGUGCGUGAACCACCUCGGGGUGCUGUGGAGACGCACUCAGAGGUCCCCCUGCAAUAUACUUCGUGGAUAACUGAUCUGAGGGCCCUCAGCAGCAACCGCAGCUUCGUGUUGUCGUCUCUGGGCUUCACGGCCGUGGCUUUUGUCACGGGUUCCCUCGCUCUGUGGGCCCCUGCGUUUCUGUACCGCGCUCGCCUGGCCAGCGGAAGCCUUCAGCCUUGCCCCUCAGAGGAGAUCUGUAGCACUGCAGACAGCCUCACCUUCGGCAUCAUCACUUGUGUGACUGGCGUGCUGGGUGUCGGCAGCGGGGUAGAGAUUUCCCGGCGCCUGCAGCGUCGAAACCCCCGUGCGGAUCCCCUGGUGUGUGCAGCUGGUUUGCUUGGCUCCGCCCCCUUCCUCUUCCUGGCUGUGGUGUCUGCACAGGGGAGCAUCGUCGCCACUUACGUUUUCAUCUUCAUCGGCGAGACCCUCCUUUCCCUUAACUGGGCCAUUGUUGCAGACAUCCUUCUGGUGAGAAUCUGGAAACAGGGAAGUACGUGGUUAUCCCAACCCGUCGAUCCACCGCUGAAGCUUUCCAGAUCGUACUUUCCCAUCUCCUGGGCGACGCUGGGAGCCCUGCACUUAUAGGCCUGAUCAGCGACCAAAUCCAGCGCAAUCGCCCCGAGUCGUUCAUGUCGCAGUUCCGGAGCCUUCUGAGUAAUGGCCGAUGACCCAUGCUUUUGUGGGAGGGAUCAUGGGCGGGUUCUUCCCACUAAUGGGCUUGUUUCCAUCCAGG